AAAUUAGGCAGCUCUGGAAUUUAACUAGUAAAAAGUAAUUUGUUCACAAGCUAAGUAAAUUAUAUUUGCACUUCAUCUCGGAAGAGGACAAUAGAGGGAAGAAAAUCUGUGGAUUCUACUAAUUGAUAAAUUUGCUGAUAAGGGCAGGAGUGGCCAUGCCAUUUGGCUGUUUGACACUCGGGGAAAAGAAGGAUUACAACAAUCCCUCUGAGGUGACCGAUAAAUAUGACCUGGGACAGAUCGUCAAAUCGGAAGAGUUCUGUGAGAUCUUCAGGGCCAAGGACAAAAACACACUGAAAAUGUUCACUUGUAAAAAGUUCCUGAAAAAGGAUGGGAGGAAAGUUCGGAAAGCUGCAAAAAACGAAAUCCUAAUUUUAAAGAUGGUGAAGCACCCCAAUAUUCUCCAGUUGGUGGAUGUCUAUGAGACCAGAAAAGAGUACUUCUUAUUUCUUGAACUGGCUACAGGCAGGGAGGUUUUUGAUUGGAUCCUGGAUCAGGGCUAUUAUUCAGAGCGUGACACCAGUAACGUGAUCCGCCAGGUGUUGGAGGCCGUGGCCUAUCUUCAUUCUCUGCAUAUUGUCCAUAGGAACCUGAAGCUGGAGAAUUUGGUUUACUUUAACCGCCUAAAGCACUCCAAAAUAGUGAUCAGUGACUUUCACUUGGCCAAGCUGGAGACUGGGCUAAUCAAAGAUCCCUGUGGAACCCCAGAGUACCUGGCACCGGAGGUAGUUGGGAGACAGCGGUACGGCAGGCCUGUGGACUGUUGGGCCCUGGGUGUGAUCAUGUACAUACUACUUUCAGGUAAUCCUCCUUUCUACGAUGAAACCGAAGAUGAUGACUAUGAAAACCAUGACAAGAACCUGUUCAGGAAAAUCCUGGCUGGGGACUAUGAAUUUGACUCUCCGUACUGGGAUGACAUCUCAGAGUCCGCAAAGAGCCUAGUGUCUCGAAUGAUGGAGGUGGACCAGGAACAAAGGCUGACUGCUCAGGAGGCCAUUAACCAUGAAUGGAUUUCAGGAAAUGCAGCCUCGAAUAAGAACAUAAAGGAAAAUGUGUGUGCACAGAUAGAGAAAAACUUUGCCAAAGCUAAGUGGAAGAAAGCAGUGCGGGUCACUACCCUCAUGAAGCGACUGAGAGCUCCGGAGCAGAGUGCUGACUCAGCGGUAACCAACCAAGCUGCUGGGGAACCAGCCCUAGCAGAUGCCCAGACUCCCAGUGAGCCCUCUACCACAGCCCCUGGGGGGGAGGCUGCUGGUGCCUCUGAGCCCCCUGCCGGGACGGAAGCGGAGGCAUGCCAUUCCACUCCCCAGGUGCCAGCUGAGGUCACAGGUCCACCCCUGGCCCCCUCCCCUGGGGAGGCUGGCCCGGCCAAAGCCCCAGGGGAAGCCCAGGGCCCAGGUGAGGUCGAACCGUCGUCGCGGUGUAAUGGAGAGGCUUUGAAUCCGGACCUACUGGCAGCUGAAGCUGGUGAUGAACAGGGUUAGGCCUGCCGUUUAGGACCUCCUUAACUCCCAGCGAUCGUCCUUUCUGCACACUGUACAUUAGAUGCUAGCAUGGUGACACUGACUCUGCUUAUCUCUCCCUUUGCAGCGUUAGUAACAUCUCACAAGCCUGUGUGCCAUAGUGUUGAAUUGAUCUGGCUACAUUUAAUUAUGUAUUCUGUCUUUUUAAAACAGCCCGCGGGACUAACAGAUGUUUUUUGUCUAAUGCAGCCCAGAUUUUGCCAUGUUAGUAUUGUUUUGGGGGUUGAGAGAUUUUCGGUAUUAAGCUAAUGGCUACAUAGAUUCCUCUGAAGUCUCCCCUUCAGUGUUUAGUGUAUGGAAAUAUACAGUAUGUCACAAAAGUGAGUACACCCCUCAAAUUUUUGCUAAUAUUUGAUUAUAUCUUUUCAUGUGACAACACUGAAGAAAUGACGCUUUGCUACAAUGUGGUAAAGUUUUAACACACCUGCUCCCCAUUCACACCUGAGACCUUGUAACACUAACGAGUCACAUGCACUUGGGAGGG